CAAGGCGCUCGCACUUCUUCUUGUGUAUGUGUUUUGUGAAAAAAACAUAAACAACAAAUAGGUGUGACAGUAGUUUUGGAUCUAGUUCGAAAUUUUACUUUCCCUUUCAAAUAUAAGAAAAAUAAUCUAGGAAUAAUUACAACCUGAAAGCAGAAAUAUUAUGUCAGAGUCCAUAACAGCAAUGGGUGAAUUAGAUAUGCUGAGAAGUCUUUAUGAUUUUAAGGCCACAUAUGCAAAAACAAUAAGUUUCAAAGCUAAUGAAUAUUUUAUUCUACAACAGACAAAUACGAAACAUAAAAACUGGUGGGAAGUUGUAAAUGAAAGGGGCGAAAUUGGCUAUAUCCCUUCAAAUUAUGUUGAAACAGUAACUGUAAACUCAUCAUUUUAUAUCAUAUUUUUGGAGAACGCUAUAGAGAAUUUGAGAAGGAAAGAUAAUGAAGAAACAAUAUUAGGUACUAAGAGUGAAAUUAUAUUGAAAUUGAAAGAAUUAAAAAAUCAGGUAGAAAAUACAAGCUUUCAUCAUCAUAGUAAUAGCUACAGAUCAGAUGUUAAUGUCCAGAAGUCUUGUAAAGAGUCUGAGUCUACAGUCACAACUUUAAAAACAUCAAGCAGUAGCACUUAUGGUUCUCAAAUCUCUGACGUUAAACCUAGAAUAGCAAUGGAAGAACCUAUAAAACCUAUUACAAAAAGUCGUGAUAGUAUACAAAAAAGCAUUGAAAAUAUUCACGAAGAAGUAAAGUCUGAGAUAUACGAAGCCAAAAAGUCUGAUUUAAAUGUGUCAUCUUCAAAUGUUACUCCUGUGAUAACAGCACAGUCUGUAUAUGAACUAGUUGAAAGUGUAAGAAUCAAUACUAAUUUAUCACACGAGAUGUCUAGGGUAGCUGUUGAGACUGUGAUCCAAGGACUGCACGAACUUUUACCUGCAUCAAUUUUUCCAUACCUAAGUACAAUUUUGUCUCACUCUCAAACAUGUCUGGUUGUUGAUGAUGGUCAAAUAGAGCAAACUCACGAUGCUAGUAGAUUAAAGAUUAUUUUUAAUGAGUUAAUCAGUUGCAAGGAAGAUUCUCAACAAAGAAGCUGGAUGUUACAUGAAGAUGAAAGUGUUAUUAAGGAGUACAUAGCUGAGCUUAUUUCAAUAUUGUCUAAUGCUGACACAAGCAUAUCACGACAUGUAAUAUCAUCCAAUCAGUAUCAUGUGAUAAUAACACUAAUUCAGUAUUAUCAAAUGGAAGUUAGAUGGUCCAUCAGGCAACUAUUGUUGCAAGCCUUUGGUGUUUUAUGUAGUUUAGAUAAGACUGUAAUAAAUAUAAUGUUAAACUCUAUAUUACCAGGGGAAUUAGCAAGAGAUAUGAUGGCUAAUCCUCGGAACAUUCCAAAGUUAAAUUAUUCAUCUUUAUUACUCACCAUGAUUUUCUCGAUGGGAGAGGCUAUGCCAAUUACUAGCCUUGAAUACUUGGGUCCAGAUUUUCUGUCAUUUGUGUUGGAUAACAUUGAAAACCCACCAGAUACAGAUUUAGAUGAGCAAAUACCAGAUUUAUUUCUAAAUUUAGUUAUCUCUUUUAAUCUUCAAUUUGAUGAUGAAAUGUCAAAUCCGGUUUUAUUUACUUUGGAGGAUAGACAAGUGGCCAAAACAUUUUGUGAAAAAAUUUUGUUGCUGUUGAAUAGAGAAGAGGACCCAAUAAGAAUUUUUGACCAUGAACCAGCUCCACCUCACUCUUUGUUGAAGCUGUUUAAAGAUCUGUUUAGUCGACGUAGUACGGCAGCUUUAUUUUAUACGAAUGAUACCAAAGUGUUAAUUGAUAUUAUUGUUAGAAAUAUAGCAGACCUUUCCCCAGGAGAUAAGAAGCGACACGAUUACUUAGACCUUUGUCGGCGCGUCCUUCGCAACACAAAUUAUCAAGAACACAAACACAGAAUUGAAGAUAUAUUGAAGUGUUUUACAAGGAUUUUCUGUGAGGAGAGUACCUUGAGCAAAAGGGACCAGCACUUGCUCAAAGAAAUUUUUGCGGAAUUUCCGCAAUAUUUUCAGUAGAUGUUCUCUUGUUUUAUGUGAUUUCAUAUCUUGAAGCCAAAUGCUAAGAACAUAUUUUAUGUAGUGUAUUCAAGAAUAUAUAUUUUUUAUUUUUAUACGAUAUUAUAUGCUUUGAUUUAUAAAAUUUAUAUGUGAUAUUUAUUAUUUUUAAAUAUAUUUUUGUAUUG